AAUAAGUUGAUGUAAGAAGUAAGAACAAGAAGUUGACCAAUCACAGCUGAAUGUGAGAGAAAUAAUCGACUGUGAUCGACGACGCAUGACAAUAAAACGCAGCUACGAAAAACAAAGAGCUUGUCACCGUGGGUCAGCUGUUCGCCAGCUGAUCGCCGCGUACACGUGAUUGCUCGGGAUUACUUGCGAGAAUUAUUAAUCAUUGUUUAAUUGCAACUCAUUUUCGCACGGGCCGAUAUCGAUGCACAACGUGAUGAAGUCUUUCCGCGAAGCCCUCGCAAACGCCAGCAACAUCUUGAUCCUCACCGGCAGCGGGAUCUCUGCCGAAUCCGGAGUACCGACUUUUCGGGGUGCUGGUGGUUUUUGGCGUAAAUACCAGGCGCCGAGUCUGGCGACGCCGGAGGCUUUCGCGGCGAAUCCUUCACUAGUCUGGGAGUUCUAUGAAUAUCGUAGGCAGUUAGCGAGUAAGGUCAAACCAAAUAAGGCACACGAAGCUGUGGCAGAUUUCCAGAAGCGCAAAAUAGCGGAGGGUAAAAGGGUGUCGAUCGUCACGCAAAACAUAGAUGAUCUGCAUCAAAAAGCCGGGGCAACAGAUGUACUGGAACUACAUGGUUCACUUUAUAGAACACGCUGCACCAAGUGUCGCAACGUUGCUGUUAACGAGAACAUUCCCAUCUGCCCGGCACUAGCAGGAAAAGGAUCUCCUGAUCCGAAUAUUAUGUCUUCUGAUAUUCCAAUAAAAGAAUUACCACAUUGCGAAAUCAAAGAUUGUGAAGCGUUACUGCGACCUGACAUUAUAUGGUUCGGAGAACAGUUGGAUGCAAACGUACUGGAGAAAGCCUAUGACAUUGUGGAAACGUGUGACGCUUGCCUGGUUAUUGGAACCUCUGCAAUCGUAUAUCCAGCUGCUAUGUUUGCACCGCAAGUCGCGCAACGUAAUGUACCGGUUGCAGAGUUCAAUAUAGAGGAACCCCCAGCCACAAAACAAUUGCAAUAUCACUUCCAAGGUCCCUGUUCUAUCACUGUGACAGAAGCACUGGCGCCUUAAAAAGGGUAUAUAUAAUAAAAUAAU